AUGGGCCGGAGCCUGAGCCCGCUGCUGCGGCAGGAGCUGGACAACCUGGACAAGGACGCCGAUAGCCGCCGCGCCGCCAUGAAGGCGCUCAAGUCCUACGCCAGGCACCUGGACUCCAAGUCUAUCCCGCACUUCCUCGCCGAGGUUUCCGACACCACCACGGCCGCGGGCGGCGCCGCAGGCGCCGGCAUGCCGACCGGUGAGUUCACCAUCUCGCUCUACGAGGUGCUGGCGCGGGUGCACGGGCGCAACAUCGUGCCGCAGAUCGGCAACAUCAUGGCCACCAUCAUGCGCACGCUCUCCUCCAGCGGGGGAUCCUUCCCGCUCCACCAGGCCUGCUCCAAGGUGGUGCCCGCCAUCGCGCGGUACGGCAUCGACCCGUCGUCCACGCCCGACGACGAGAAGGCCGCCAUCAUCGCGUCCCUCUGCAGGCCGCUCUGCGGCGCACUCAUGGGGACGACCCAGCAGGACGGCGGCGCCGCGUCCGGCGCGGCGCUGUGCCUGAAGGCGCUCGUCGAGUCCACCAACUGGAGGUUCGCGUCCGGGGAGAUGGUGAACGAGGUCUGCCUCAAGGUGGCCGGGGCGAUGCACGACCGGGCGACGCGCUCGAACGCGCACAUGGGCCUCGCCAUGGCGCUGGUGAAGCACAAUGGCCUGAUUGCGGAGGCGUACGCGAGGUCCAUUGUGCGGUCGGGGCUGCAGAUCCUCGAUGGGGACACGGCGGAGAGCAGCUCGCAGAAGCGCCUCUCGGCGAUCCAGAUGAUCAACUUCUUCAUGAAGUUUGUUGACCCCAGGUGCUUGUCUUCAGAGCUUGGCAGGGUGAUUGCUGUGAUGGAGAAGUGCCAGAAUGACCGCAUGCCGUUCGUGCGAGGUGCUGCAUUUGAGGCAUCACAGAGCGCGAAGAGCAUCGCCUCGCAGAAGGGAUCAAGACAUGAGGUUGGCACAAGCCCAAUGGUUGGCUCCAAUUUUCACAAGAGAAGGGAGAAGAGCCCGUGCAGGAGCCUCUGGAGUGCAAAGGGCAGCCCUGCAGGCUCCACCGUCGCUGCUUCUCCAGCCCAGUUCAGGUCCCCGGAAUCCCAGGUUGUGGAUUCGUCUAUCAUGAAUGGCAGCACACUCACCGAAUCGCCGGUCUCAGUCGGGCAGUCCUCUUGCAACUUCGAUCAGAGUCGGCGCACGAACCGGAGGUUGUGGAACAAUGAUGGCUUCGAUGUUUCUCUGAAGGAUGGCUUGUUCAUUCAGCUUUGCUCAAACAGCAAUUCCUAUGAAGAUGACUUGGGCGAGGUCUGUGACAGUGAGGUGACUGAUGCUAACUUUGAGUGCACUAACACAUUUGCAGGAUUUGUGUCACGAAGCCCAAAUGGCUCCAUAUCAAGAGACAAGACUCCCAGUCCCAGGGCUUCAGACAGGCCGAUCAGCAUUGAUAACGUGAAGAUAUACUCAACACCAAGGAAGCUUCUCCGAUUGCUUCAAAGCUCAUACGACUCUGACUCUGCUAGCAUUGUGGGGCAAUCCACUGCAAAGCUCAGUGGCUUAUCAUCACCAGAUCAGGAACAUGAGGAACUAGUGAUCUCAUCUGAACAGAUGCAAUCUCUGCAUUCAGACAGCAAAGCUGAUGAGAUGAAGGAUGAGAAUGAAACCAUUGAUAUGCAGAACAGCAAUGAUAGGACUGAGACUCUAUCCAAUGCCGAUGAAUCAGGACUUUCCACUACCGAGGCUGAGAACACAUCGAGCAAGGCUUCCCCUGAAAUUGAACUUAAAGAGGAUGAUGUCUGUAUUACAAGCAGCAUAGUGAAGACGAGGAAGUAUAGAACAAAAUUCACUUUUGUUCUGAGCAUGAUUGUGAUUGUUUUAGCGAUCAUCACCAUGUUUAUUAGGAUAGAGAAUUAUGAUGAUUCAGUGUACCUUGUCCCCACUUGA